AUGCGUCGUCGCAGCAAAUGGACUAAGUCGACGGAGUCUGACGAGGUUGAGGGGCAUUCGGAUGCUUCUUCGAAUAUUGUCGUCGCAAUAGCUGAGUAUCGCCAUCACCUGAAGGCUCAGUCUCAGACGCAGACUCGGACAGUAGAUCAGGAUCUGCCAAGCGAGCACCGGCGUAGCGAGCGCCUUCGCAGUAGAGUGGACGCGAAUCGGGUGGCGCCGGCACAGAAUCUCUCGUCUCAAUCGCGUGGACGAAUGCGAGAUCUACAUCCAGAGAUCGUAGACCCAGCCACCGACCCACCAGAUCCGCCGCUCAUGAGACGAGGGUUUUACACUUCUGUGGAGGAAGCUGGCUCUGAGCUCAUGCGAGCUAAUGCAAUUCUGGCUGAGCGGAGAGAGGUUGAGUUAGAGCGUAUCAGCGGUAGUAAGAAGGGGAGAGAGCGGGAGAGGAAACGCGUCCGACAUGAUGAACGCUGGAAGAUUUGGGAUGAGGAGACGCUUUAUGGCUUUGGUCCGAGGGUUGAGCUGUCGGAGGAGGCGGGUGAAGAUGCUGGUGCUCCAGCUCAGGCGCAGGUUCAGGUUCAGGUUCAGGCUCGGACUUUGCGAGCAGUAUCUGGGUUUAAUGCUGAGGUUACUGCUGGGGAGGGAAGCAGUGCCGUGGAAAACCCCGAGCCGGCGCAGGAGGAUCCUAGUGUUGGUGGGGACGAUAUGCCUGAGCAGGUGGACGAUGAUGAGACUGGGGAUUAUGAUGUCGAUGAGGACCUCUACUCGUGA